AAAGUGAUGGGUGUGGAAGAGUGUUGGAGGGCUUGGAUGGCGUUCCGUGAGAGGAAUGGAUUCGUGGAUGAUCAGUUUGAGGUGUAGAGGGAUCGAGAGGAUUUCAGGGGUAGGAGAGUUGGGUUUUAGAACGAUUGCUGAUUGCUAAGGAGUGGAGGAUGCGCGAGGGACAGUGGUCGGCGCUUGGUGCUGCGACUGAUGGAGGCGAGUAUGAGGCGUGGAGUGAGAGCUUGCGGCAGAUACUUGAGGAAGAGCAUGAGGGGAAUGAGGAGAACGAGGAGGUGGAAACCGAUGAGGAAGACGAGGCUCCAACGCCCGAAACAGUCAAUGCCAAAAGAAAUAUCGCUUAGAGAGUAUCAAAUAUACAACACACUUAGCCUACAUGGCGAAAUUGGCUUGAGUAAUGGCAGAGGUUGCGUGGGUAGCGGUCAACUACAAAGCACAGCGUGCCAGAAUCCCCACCAUACGAUUCGCAGCACUACCGCUCCAACGACAACCCCGUCACCACACCAUCGACCCGACAAAAACAAGGCAGACACAGUCCAGACCAGCAAAAACUACGACGUUGGCAGGACUCGAACCUACGCUCCCGAGGGAAACAGAUUUCAAGUCUGUCGCGAUAACCACUCCGCCACAACGCCAAUAAUGAUAAUCGCCACCCAAAUUAACACAUUAAUAUAUUAAAUUUAAUACCUUCGCUGCUGUGAAAAGUGUUGACUCAGGGCUGGCGGGGAGCGGCGUGUAGCGCAGGAUAAUAGCGUUGAGGACUGGCUUAUGUGGGUCUGCGGGGCUGUGCAGAGGCGUGG